ACAAAACAUUAUCACUAAUAUGGAGAGUUUGAGUGUGUAUUUCAAUACUUUUUUUCAAAUACUUCAUUAUAGUAAGGUGUAUUGUACUUUGUAUGUGUGCUCUUUUGCAGGGGAGCUGAUAGGUAUGGAAUACCUGUACAGUCAGUCAGGUAAAUCCCUGACUGUCAUGGAUAACCAGGUGGAAGAGGAUCGACUGGUGGAGCAGAUGGAUGAUGAGGAGGUGCAGGAUGAAGGCUUUGUGGAGGAGGAACCUGAGGACAUCACAGUGCCCGUCCUCUAUGACCCCUCUGAGACUGUCCCAGUUCACAGCAGUAGCCCCCAGGCCUUCAACCCCUCUAACUCUGCAUCAGGACCACCCUCACCACAGCCAUCCACAUCCAGCCAAAGCCUGCCUCCACCACAGCAACCUCCUGGGCCUUCUCCUCAACGUCCUGCCGGGCCUCCUGUGCACCCUCCUCUUCAGCACCCUGCUGGGCCUCCUCUGAACCCUCCUACACAGCGCCCUGCCGAGCCUCUUCUGGACCAUCCUCUGCAGCACCCUGCCGGGCCUCCUCUACACCCUUCUGCCGAGCCGAGUGCAGCCUCUGACCCUACAACAUCAACUGGGUCCAGUGAUGCACUCCAGGCUCCCGCUGCAGUUCUUGGACCCGAUGGCAUCGCUGGGUGGGAUAAGGUCCAGAAUUUGGCCGAGUACCUGGUGUCCAUCCGUCAGGCACUCUACCUGGACGAGCAGCAGGUCACAGAGGUCAUCCGCCUGUGGAGUGCUCUUCCUGAUGGGGACAAGAGGAGGAUCCAGUAUCAGCCCAGACACCAGCCCAAGCUCGCCCACGGACGCUUCAAGGCCCCCAUGAACACAGGAGUGACACCGGGUGUGGACAGUGUGAAGAGGUGCCUGAUUGGUCAUCCAGGAGGGCCGGCUCAGUGGCCCAGCACUAGUCGCUUAGUUGAGACCAUGUGCAUCAAGCUUUGUGCACUGCACAAGUCUCCAACUAAGAAGGAUGGAGUCCGCCUUCCUCGGUGGACAAAGGUGUUAAAUGACUACCACCACAUCCGAGACCUGGUGCUGAACUGCCACACCCUGAUGGAGGCCACCUCUCUUCAACUUUUUGUACUGAAUCAGAGGACUCUUACUCAGUGGUUUAAUCGAAGGGAGAACACCCAGGAGCUGAGUGUCCUUACCCAGGGUCUUGCUGCAGAAGACCGCAUUGCUGUGGCCACUUCACAGCUUCCUGCUCCGCGGGAAAGGCUGAAUGAGGCUCCCUCCACAUCAGGGCCCCGACAUGAGUUUGUCCUUCCUCCAAACAGAGCGGGACAGGCUCUUAAGCUGCGGCCGGGCAGACGACCUGCUAGUGCCACAGUUGUUCGGCCCAUCGCACCAGCAGCUCCUCCUCCUCCUCCUCCUCUCCCAGCUCCUGCACCACUGCCCCCAUCCUUUAUAGUGAACCCUGUGCCGGUGGUCAUGGGAGCAAGUGCAGGUAGCCCCUCUGCAGCUCCUGUCCUGGCUCCAACUCCAGUGUUUCCUGCUGCACCAGUAGCUCCUGCUCCCACUGCCUCUGUGUCUGUGUCCCGCUUCACACAGAGGAACAGGCGACGCAGGGCAGAAGAGGAGGCCAGUGGAGCCCACAAAAGAAAGUAUGUGCGUAAUGUGGCAUUCAACAAGUGCACCAAGUGUGGGCAGCCCAAAACAAAAGAGUUUGGCCAUAGCCGCUUCGGGAGUGCCACUUUUUGCCCCACUUUCUCAGGUGGCAAAUCUUUAGAGGAGUGGCUGGCAGAACAGCGCCAGCAGAAGAAACCAGGAAACCCACCCCCCUAAUCUGGAGGUGGACACACACUUGUAAAUAUAACCAUAACUAUGUGUAAAUACUGUUGAUAUUGUUUAUUUGUAUAUAGUUUGCAUGGUGUUGUCUUUAUUUCAUUUAUAUUACUCAGUAUACUGUAUUAUAUUUCCACAUUGUUUAUUGUUGUUUAUCGGUGGAAGUGUGUGAUGUCUUUACUUUGUUUUUGUAAAUAAAUGCUGUUCAAAGAUUCCUA